ACGGUGUGCUGCUCGAGCCAUUGAUGCUUCCAUUGACUUUCUUGUUUAAAAAUUCUUUGACAGCUUCCUUCCGAAGCUUGUUUUGUAUUAACCCUUUGAAUAGGAAAUGUUCUAGCAGUAAAAAACCUAGAUCUGAAAAUGGGGGUUUCCCCCUUUUGUUCAAGUUCUUGUUGGUCAAACCACUCUAGGAAGAAGAUGGGUCAUCUUCUUCGAUUGAGCGCACAUUUUCUCAUCUAUUCGGAAGCUGUUCAUUGUUUUUCCUCACACCCAGAUCGAGUUCUUGGCAGAAAUUGAGCUUGUUAGAGCUACAAAUCCUUGUUGUAACAUAGAAUGAUGGUGGAGGAAGAGAAACUCAAAGUAUCUGCUGAAGAUUUGGAAGAAGAUGAGCCACAGGGAGAGUCUGGGGGCUGUAUUGGCAUGGCUCUGUACUGGUUCAAAGUACUUGUUGCUGAAAUGCAUUGGAGUUUUGUGCUAGGAGUAGUGAUUGUUUAUGGAAUUAGUCAGGGAUUGGGCGGUGCGCUUAACCGUGUGGCAACCAAGUAUUAUAUGAAGGAUGUUCAGAAAGUGCAGCCAUCUGGAGCACAGUUUUAUUCAGGGAUUACCUCAAUUCCUUGGAUGGUUAAGCCUAUAUGGGGCCUUUUCACUGAUUUGGUGCCCAUUUUUGGAUAUCACAGGCGGCCAUACUUCGUUUUUGCAGGUCUUCUUGGUGUAAUCUCCUUGCUUUCACUAUCAUUACUCGAAAAGCUGCAUCUUCCACUCGCAAUAUUGUUGUUAACCGUGGGAAGUGCCGGAGUAGCCAUUGCAGAUGUCACCAUUGAUGCUUGUGUAGCACAGAACAGCAGCUUUCAUCCUACCCUUGCAGCUGAUUUGCAAAGCUUGUGCGCCUUGAGUUCUUCCAUUGGAGCAUUACUUGGCUUCUCCAUUAGCGGUAUCUUUGUUCAUCUGAUAGGCCCCAAGGGAGUGUAUGGCUUGUUAGCAAUACCUGGAGGGCUUGUCUUAUUGGUUGGAGUUCUACUGAAUGAACCUCAUAUGCCAAACUUCAAUUACAGACAGGUAAGUGACAAGUUUGUCAGUGCAGGGAAGGCUAUGUGGAUGACAUUGAAGAUACCCAAUGUCUGGAGGCCAUGCCUCUAUAUGUAUCUAUCCCUUGCACUGUGCCUGGACAUCAAUGAAGGCCUGUUCUAUUGGUACACUGACUCAAAAGAUGGUCCGAAAUUUUCUCAGGAAAAUGUUGGUUUCAUAUUCUCAAUUGGUUCAGUUGGGUCACUUUUAGGAGCUUUACUGUACCAAUAUGUUCUUAAGGAUCAUCAGUUCCGAGACUUGUUGUUCUGGACUCAAUUGAUAUUCAGUUUAUCUGGGAUGCUGGAUUUCUUGCUGGUUUUACGUUUAAACUUGAAAUUUGGACUACCAGAUUAUUUGUUCAUUGUGAUAGAUGAGAGUGUGCAUCAGCUUGUCAACAGGCUAAAAUGGAUGCCUCUUCUAGUUCUAAGCUCCAAGCUUUGUCCAAGAGGCAUUGAGGGCACUUUCUUCGCUUUGCUUAUGUCGAUCGACAAUGUUGGACUUCUCUCGGCGUCUUGGGGAGGCGGGUUCUUGCUCCAUAUCCUUAAUGUUACACGAACGAAGUUUCAUAAUCUAUGGCUAGCCAUUUUGUUAAGGAACUUCUUGAGACUUGCUCCUCUUUGUAUGCUGUUUUUGGUGCCUAGAGGUGAUUCGAAUUCUUCGAUUCUUAUAACCGAACUGCCGAGCUCAGACGUCGAUAACGAGAUUUCUGAAGCGAAUAACAUUGAACUGGUUUCUCUUGUGAAUGGCAUUGACAUAGAUAAUCAGAAGGAAGCUUUCUGAUACCGAAGCUAAAAUGGUAUGAAAUUGUUUGUAGAUAAAGAUAUGAAGCAAACAAGGUAUAGAUUCAGUGUAAGAAUGUCUGGAUGUCCCCCUGCAUGUUCCACUUCUGUUGCAUCAAAAUUUUGUAAACUAUUUAAUUAUUGGAUGGGGAAGAUUCAAAGACAAGAAACUCCUCCAAUUCUUGGAUUCUUUUCUACAAUACAAUGAAAUAUCAGCUUCUUCUCAGUUCUCA